CACUCUUCUCUCUCUCUCUCUCUCUCUCGUCGUCUCCCUCUUCUGGUUAUUCUUCUCCUUUCUGGUUAUGAGUCGCUCCCUUUGAUGCUAAGACCUAAUCUUCGAUCAUAUAAUGCUGAAUUCACUAUAAGAGUUUGUGGGAACUCAUAUUUAACAUCCAUCAACAUUACAGAAUUUGCAAACUUUUCAUGAAUGUCUCGGAUUAUGAUAAUUCAAGUGGAAAAAGAACAAGCCCAAUAUAUUGAACCGGUGAGAUGUUGUGUUGGUGCUUAAUUAUGUGUCACGGCCGAUAGAAAUGACAGCAACUCUUAAAGCGGGGUCUGUUCCCACACUGAAUAUGGAAUUUCAGUCUAUCGAAGAGGCAGGAGCAUUCUACAGAGCGUAUGGUAGGACUAGGGGUUUUUUAACACGCAAGAGGUCAUCAUAUGCCACUAGACGAGGACCACAAAUAACUAGAGUGAUCUUUGUAUGUUGUUGUGAGGGAUUGCACAAGAAAUGUGUUGAUGCAAGUGAUGACGAUGGUGAGAAGAAGAAAAGCCGUACUCCAACUAUGAGAACUGGUUGUGAGGCUAUGAUUCGUAUAGCUUUGAAUACAAAAUGUAACAGAUGGUAUGUUAAUGAAUUUAAGGAUCAUCACAACCAUGACAUGGUACCACCUAGAAAACAAGUUUCUAUAAAGUCGGACAAGGUGUUUCCUCCUGCGACUACAAAUUUGGCAGAAGCAUCUAGCACGCAUACACUCCAAGUUGAAAAGGUAGCAUCACUUUUUGGGGAGAACAGCGAAAUGACAAUAACUUCUGAUGUCGGAUCUGUUCACAAUGAAAUGACAACAAAUUUUGAGGUUGAAUCUGUUCCCUCAUUGGAUAUGGAAUUCAAUUCUAUCGAAAAGGCAGGAGCAUUCUACAAAGAAUAUGGUAGGAGUAGGGGUUUCUCAACGCGCAAGAGGUCAUCUUAUGCCACUGGACGAGGACCACAAAUAACUAGAGUGAUUUUUGUAUGUCGUUGUGAGGGAUUUCACAAGAAACAAGUUGAUUCAAGUGAUGACGAUGGUAAGAAGAAGAGAAACACUACUUCAAUGAGGACUGGUUGUGAGGCUAUGAUUCGUAUAGCUUUGAAUACAAAACAUGGCACGUGGUACGUUAAUGCGUUUAAGGAUGAUCACAACCAUGACAUGGUCCCACCUGAAGAAAGAGUUCUAAUGAAGUUGAACAAGGUUUUUCCUUCUGCACCUAGAAAUUUGGCACAAGCACCUAGCAAGCGCAAACUCCAAGUUAGAAAGAUAGCACCACUUUUUGAGGAUAAUGAGCAUAUUGAAUCCACUCCGAGGGAUGUUUAUAACAAUCUUAGGACAAUUAGAGAAUCUUUAAUAGAAGUAAGAGAUGCAGAAGCUGUGAUGAUUUAUUUUAGAAAGAGGACAAUAGAAAAUCCGGGUUUUUAUUAUGCAGUACAAGAAGAUGAAGAAGGGAGGGCAUCAAGUUUUUUCUGGGUUGAUGCACUCUCCCGAAUAGCAUAUAGUCGUUUUGGAGAUGCAGUAACGUUUGAUACCACAUACAAAACUAACAAAUAUAGUAUGCCUUUUGCUCCAUUCACAGGUGCAAACCAUCAUCAUCAGUCUGUUACAUUUGGAUUUGCGUUGUUGGGGGAUGAGACUGAAGAAACUUUUAAAUGGCUGUUUAAGACAUGGCUUGAAGCAAUGGGAGGAAAUCCUCCAAUUUCUAUACUUACUGAUCAGGAUCAAGUCAUGACGAGUGCGAUUGCUGCAGUGUUCCCAAACAGUCGUCAUCGUUUUUGUUCAUGGCAUAUUAAGAAGAAGUUUGGAGAGAAGCUAAGUCAUGUAUUCUACAAGAAAUCCAAGUUCAAGAAAACUGUUAAAGCGGUCACUCGAUUUACCUAUACAACUCAGGAUUUUGAAAGUCAGUGGGAAGCCAUGUUGAAAGAAUUUGGUUUGGUGGAGAACAUAUGGCUUCAUGACUUGUUUGAAAUUCGUGAGAAGUGGACUCCAGCUUACAAUCGAGGUACUUUCUUUGCCGGCAUGAAUUGAACACAAAGAAGUGAUAGCAUUAUUUCUUUCUUUGAUCAUUAUGUGAACUCCAGAAUGUGUUUGCGAGAAUUUGUUGAAAGCUGUGAUCAAGCACUAGAAAGAAUUUACAUUAGAGAACGGGAUGAAGAUUACGAGUCUAUCCAUGUGAAGCGUAUAUUUGUUUCCCAAGAUUUGUUAGUGAAGCAUGCAUCUGAAAUCUAUACGAGGAAUUUGUUUAUCAAAGUGCACGAACAGUUUAAUGCUUCUUCACGAUAUCGGUCGGAAGCAGUUGAGGCUGAUGGUGAUGAAGAAACUUAUAGAGUGUACUCGUUCAAUGAUGAAGUACCGACGGAACAGUUUCUAGUAAAGAUUAAUAAGGUAACGAACAAAGGUGUAUGUGGUUGCCAAGAAUAUGAAUUUAUUGGCAUACCGUGCAGACAUUUGCAUCAUAUUUUAGUCUAUCGUUACUAUGUGGUGGAGAUUCCAUCACAUUUUAUAAAGCAAAGGUGGACCAUGUAUGCAAAUAGAUCUUCGGUUUUGGAUAAUGAUGGUUUGGUAAUGAAAGAUCAUAAGCUUGGAACUGAAGCCACGAGGAUUAGUCAUUACUGUCAACGGUCAACUGAAUUAGCUUAUAUAUUGGGUAAGUCUGAGAAAGCUUAUGACGUGGCAAUGGGUUUCCUUGAUCAAGCAUUUGAGAAAUUGAAGGAGAUAGACAUUGAUGAGCUUAGAGCAGAAUAUGGCACAGAUACCCAGUUGGAAGAAUAUGCUAAUGAUGAGCCAUUAGAGACAGAAAAUUCAUGUGACGCAGCUGAGCUAACACACAGAUGAGUCAUGUGCUAGUGCUCCUAUUAAGACGUCUCUCAGCGACCCAUGCAUCUCCCAAACAAAAGGGAGAAAACCUGAUAAGAGAAAAACUGCAGAGAAUGCUCAUUAUGGAAGUGGUACAGAAACAACACAAAAUCAUAGAAAAGCAAAACGCAAAAGUGUGAAGGAGUAGGUCAUGAUUCUCGCAAUUGCGAACAAAUGAGCGAACAAUUGUCUGCUAUCACUACUAAUGGAGGUACAUGACAAGGCUUCUUAAUGGUUGUGUGGGAAGCUUUAGAAUAAGCCAUAUAUCUGGAGCUGAUGCAGAUGUAAAGAACAAAAUUGUUAAAUGACAGGAGCAACACCUUUUGGAAGACUGUAUCUAUAUUUUAUAUACUUUUAAAUAGGGGUUGUGUUAUUAUAUAGAUAGAACUCAGAAAAUGUAUGCUGGCAACCUGCUAAAGCUACUAGAAAUUUUCAGAAUUGGGAGAUAAAAGCCUCUAUCUUGUAUGUUUUCAGGAGGUUAUCAUGUACAGCUUUAUGGUUUCAUUUUAGAUCACUGUAUUGAGCCAGGACAACAUUGUAUGGUAGACCUCAAUGGAAGAGCUGGAGCCUGGAAGCUAGAACUGGCCUUAGAACUCAUAAAUUGUAGUUAUGGAUUUAUUCCAUUAUUUUCAAGUUUAACCUCUAUAAAAGCUCAAGUUGAUGCAUAUAACAAUGCCCCUAUAUCUUAUUCCAUAGAGGUGCGGAGGGGCGUCCAAUCGAGGAAAUUAUGUAGUACAGUCUGCUAUUUCUGUUGCAAAGGGAGCACCUGUUUUCAAAUGGCUAUUUUCAUACUUACAAGACGUGCAUUGGAUUGGUGGCACCACAAGAAAAGGCUAAUGAGUUGCUCCCUGGGUUUGUUUAAGGAUAAGGAUACUACGGUAAAGCAAUGCAGGUGAACAACUAGUGGUUUUUUAGCUUUGAAAGACACCUUGACCCAGCUGAAAGCAUCGAAUCUCGUGAACUAAAGCAUGAUCUUCGCAACAUUAGCCUCACUCCAGAUUCAGACGACAGUUCGAAGUGCAACGAGUUUUCUUCAGCAGGCUUUACAAAGCAAUCAUAGAUUCAUAGGUAACAGCUAAUCUGUGGACGUCAGUUUGUCAUCUUCUAUGAGUACUCACUUUCUAAUUUGGAAGAAAUGGCUGCCACCUAAUGUGUCGUUUUGUAACUGGGCUGCUUUGCAUCAUUCAUUGCGAACUAGGAGCAUGGUAACACAGGGGUAUCCAGCUGCAACUGAACCUUUGUUUUCUGUGUGACUCUUCAGUUGAAAACACGAAAUACCUGUUCUUGCAUUGCGACUUUGUGUGGCAUAUUUGGUCUAUUUCUGGCCAUCACUUGAGAAUGGUGGUAGCUAAGGACCUGGAAGAGCAGCUAAUUGCCUGGUUUAUUAUUGAUUUAUGGGGGGAAACGCAGAAGGAUAUUCUCUAUGCUACCUUAUCCAGCAUCUGGGUUCACAAUGUUUUAGCUCAUGGCUGCAGAAUUAAAAGGAGAAAAGAUCUUAUAUUGGCGGUCAAACAAUUUCUUAUACCGUGGUCUCGUGACAGGGAAACAUUCAGUGGUUAUUCAUCAUAACCAAUAUUCUGCGUAUAGAAUUAUCAUGUAUAUAUUGUUGGAUAUUGUUGCAACUGUUUUGAUUGCACACCUUAAGUUUAUUUAUUUUCCGGAGGAA